GUGUUCAGACAAUCAAGACAUGUACAAAACAAAGCUGCAAGCAAAUUUUAAAUUGUCUUUUACAUUUGGCCAUACUUAUCUCGCUUUUUUAGAGAUACUACCCCUUUUAAUAAGCAAUGCAUAACGUCGAGCGUAGAGUCUUGUAUGUGCUCUUUUUCAUUGUCUGCUCUGUCAUUGUAAUCAAUUGCCAAGGUGGAGGAGGAGGGCAUGGUGGCGGUGGUGGCGGAAGCUAUAGAAGCAGCACUAGUUAUAACAACAACAGCAGUGGCAGAUCAAAUUGUGUUGGUCGUGAAUGUUGGAAACAGUUCUUCAUUAUUAUGGGGAUUGUUACAAGUGUAGGAGCAACGAUUUUUUGUUGCCGCUGUUGUUACCAUAAUAAUAAUGGUCGCCCAGUGGAAAACAAUUCAGAAUUCGUCAACUCUGAGUCAUCCCAUCGACAGUAUGCACUUAUAAAAAAUGCAUUUCAAACAGGCAUGUGGUCAAGUCGUUUUUAUCAACAUGGAACGUGGCAUGGACCACAUCAAUUGCACCUAUCAUUUAAUCCACAUUCAAUGGCUGUUAUUGGAUCAGGACGCGAUGAUGUCGGUGAAUUUACAAUUGAUGGAAUUUUUUCGGAUAGAACGCAACGAAUGGGAUUGACAAAAUACUAUAAAUUGGGGACAGGGGAUGCAGUUGAGAACUUGGGUCAUUUUGUCAUUAUUCAAGUGACGUACGAGGCAGAAUUGGGUCAAUUUGAAGGCAAGUGGUAUGUUCAGACGGCGAAGUAUCACGGCGAAGAUAAAUUUGUCCUUAAAGUCGAUAUGUCAUAUACAUGAAGAACGAUCACUUCGUUUUAUCAAUUACUGUAGUGUAGUAUCCGGUUUUGCUCGGUAUUAUUUAAAUGACAAAAUACUUAAAUAUUUGUACGCAUUAAA